GAUCCUGGCAGAGAUCGGGGAGCUACGUCGCGAGGUGGAGGGGGAGCUGAUGGAGGCGCAGAACUCCCUUGACGCCGACGCGCGUGCCGACGGGGAGGCUCGCAGCACGCACGGGGACAAGUGGCGCGCACAGCCGGCUGCCACCGCAGCUAAACCCUACUGGGACCGCAUAUCGCAGUACAGGUCCGCCCUGCAGAAGGCGGGUGACAGCGACCAGGGUGUGUUGCAGCGGCUGGCGGCGCAGGAGGGCGCGUUCGGGGCCCUCACCGCGGAGGCGGCGGCGGCGCAGAUGCCCCGACUGCAGGCCCCCCUGCUGGUGACGGGCCCCGAGGACCCCGCUGCGGUGGUGGCGGGGUUGCGCAGGAGCCUGGAGGCGCUGCAGAACCUGGCCAACGAGCGGGGCGGCAUGGAGGAGGCGCUGAAGGAGCUGAAGAACCGCGACAACGUGUUGCCGCGACUCAUGGCCACUCCAGGGGGGCCGCAGCAGGACGCGCUGUUCAAGGAGGAGCUCAAGAAGUACGACCCGCUUAUCGCCGACGUGGACAAGAACCUGGCGGCGCAGGAGAGCCUGCUGGCGGCCACGGGGGCGGCCAACGCCACCUUCCGGGCGCUGUUUGACGUGAACGGGUGGCGGGCGGGGUGCGAGGCGGCGGCGGCGGGAGUGAGGGAGACCGUGCGACAGUACCGGGAGCUGCUGGACCACUGCAGCGAGGGUCUGCGCUUCUACCUUGGCAUGAGCGAGGUGGUGCGCAAGAUGAAGCAGGAGGCGGCGGACUUUGCGUUCACACGACAGGUGCAGCGAGAGGAGCUGUUAGCGGACCUGGAGCGGCGGGCGGCGCAGGAGGACGCGGACAAGCUAGCGGCUAGGCUGGCGGCGGCAGGCAUCCGCUCCGGCGUGCCUCCCCCACCCCCCGC